GUCCUGAGGGAACACCCGGGGCCCCGACCUCACGAGUUCCAGCAACGGGUAUGGGAGUGCUUCAUUCUCCUCUGCCAUGGCUCUGGGUCUUUUUUACCAUUGCCAUUUCCUCCGCUCCUCCUCCCUUCCCUCGCACCGGCUCACUUACGUAUUUCGCCCCCCUCAUCUGCCGCUCAGCGCUGUCGGGGCCGAGGCUGGGCUGCGUGCCGCCGAGGCCUUUUCUCUGGCACAUCGGCUGCUUAUUGGUUGAGCUGUGCUUCAGCACCGCCUCCCAGUUCAGAGGGGAUGGCUCGAUUGGCUGAGCUGAGGAUCGCUCACUCACAAUGUGGUGAAGGGAAGAGGGUGAGGGCUAAGUUGUUGGGCCUUUUCUCGCUCCCUCCCACUUCAUCCAUUAGGAUCCUGAGUGGGGGACAAGCACUGGUGCGCUUGGCUCAGAGGCCGCUUCCUAAGACCAAGAAAGCGGCAUACCAGCAGCGGGGCGGCAGCUUGUUUACUUCAGGAUCGUAGUAAAAAAGGGGAGGAGGUUCCCCCGCCUGCUGAGGAGAGGAACUAGGCUUUCCGUUGGGCAUCUCGUUCUCAAGUACCGCCUGCUAUCCCUGGUUCCGCAUUUUCACUGGCCGAACCGCACGUCAUUCAAAAAAAACAAGCCACGAGGGGGGCGGAACGGCCUGAUGAGCAGGGAUGAAGGGCAGGAGCCUACCAGAGGUUUUUUGCGUCAAUGGAUCAAAGGCGGGCAUUCACGUGGUUGCUGUUUCCGGCACGUCAUUGGCCCUUGCUAAGCCCCACCCUCUGGUCUUGUCCAGAUUCCAAAUGAGGCGUGGUCACGAGCUGGUCACGCCCCCUUAUUAAAAUAGCCAGUAGCCUCCGGGAAUAAGCCUUUGUACCCUUCUUGCUCGCUUCCCUUUUAGAUUGCGAGGUACGGGUGUCGUUGCACGUAUUUGCAUGUAUUUUGAAUAAUUAAUUGGCAUAUUUAAAUAAGGGCGUGUCACGUGCGACAUGUCCUUGCCCUCCCAGAGCAGCGCAAUAGCGGCCCCUGUGGCCUCACCAGUGGGGGAGAGAUGGGAAGUACUGCAAAAAUUUAGGUUCACAGCCGGAAGUGCUGCUGUGUUUGACGGUGCGCAGGGUGCUAUUUGCUCUCUGCCGGGGCUUGGCCAUCCACGUGGUCAACCUCCCUUCCUGGACUGAAGAAAAAGGGAAGGGGAUUAUUGGGGUGUCUGAGCUCCCCCCAUGGCGGCUGCAGAAGAGGAACAUCACUUGAGGAACGAGCUGGUCAUGAGUGAGGACGAGGAGGAGGAGAAGGAGGUGAACUUUGAAGCCCAACCGUAUUUAUUUCCAAAGCUGUACUCUGUGUGAUCCCAUGUGUGUGGGAGGGGAUGGUUUAGAGCCAUCCGCGCGUGGGGGAAGUGCUCUGUAAGCUCGGGGGGGGGGGGUACCUUUGUUCCCUUCUUGGGGUGCUGCGGUAUUCCUGUUGAGACGCUUUAAUGCAAUUGACUUUAAGGAUUUCUUUGCCCCGUGAACGAUGCCCAGGACAGCAUGCUAUAGGCGUAGCCGAGGGUGAAGGGGGACAAUCACGCCGGUUCUGCCCCCCCAAAACAAAAGUCCUGCUCCCCAACUACGUUCUGACCCACCCGCCGCAAAAAUUCUGGCUACGCUCAUGCAAUAAGGAAUAAAUAUAUUAAAGUUCUGCGAGAUUAAACAGCAGAACUGGAUUGAUGCCUCCUUGCAAAGGCUUGAAUGGCUUUUGAAAAUUCUACUCCUAAUCCUGAGUUUUGAUCCCUACAUCUGUGUCUCCCCUUGUCCUUUUCUUUUUGCGUUUUUCCUUACAGCCACUCUUCAAAGCUAUAAGCAGUGCUUUUUUCUAUUAAAAGAUGUGCUGGAACUCACCAUGAACUCCUCCCUUGUAAUGGCAAUGGCAGCCACCUGAGAGGUGCAGGAACUUAGUUCCGGCGAGUUCCAACUGGGGAAAAAAGCCCUGGCUAUAAGGCAGUAAGUCCAGUGAGCAGGUCAGUCUGAUUAGCUGGCAGCUGCAUCUCAUCACAGGUUAGCACUGCCAUGCUAGAGGCUAGGUAUGCUCAGUGGUACCCUUUGAAGUUAUUAUUCAUCUUGUUGCAAGGAUGAGUCUGGGUUCAGCUCUCUGUGAGAUGGUCCUUGGCCCUUAUUCAUUGGUAACCUUUUGUUCCCCAGGCAGACAAUGAAGAAGCAACAAAGCACCAUCAGCUUGUGGAUUCACUCACUGCCUUGGCUGGAGCGAAGCGGUAUGAAGGAAGGGAGAUAAUAAUAUUAUAAUAAUUUAUUAUUUAUACCCCGCCCAGCUGGCUGACUUUCCCCAGCCACUCUGGGCGGCUCCCAAUCGAGUGUUAAAAACAAUAUAGCAUUAAGUAUUACAAACUUCCCUAAACAGGGCUGCCUUCAGAUGUCUUUUAAAGAUAGGAUAACUGCUUAUUUCCUUCACAUCUGAAGGGAGGGCGUUCCACAGGGUGGGCACCACUACUGAAAAGCCCCUCUGUCUGGUUCCCUGUAACCUCACUUCUCGCAAUGAGGGAAUUGCCAGAAGGCGCUCGGCGCUGGAUCUCAGUGUCCGGGCUGAACGAUGGGGGUGAAGACGCUCCUUCAGGUAUACAGGACCGAGGCCGUUUAGGGCUUUAAAGGUCAGCACCAACACUUUGAAUUGUGCUCGGAAACAUACUGGGAGCCAAUGCAGACCUCUCAGGACUGGUGUUAUGUGGUCCCGGCGGCCACUUCCAGUCACCAGUCUAGCUGCCGCAUUCUGGAUUAAUUGCAGUUUCCAGGUCACCUUCAAAGGUAGCCCCACGUAGAGAGCAUUGCAGUAGUCCAAGCGGGAGAUAACUAGAGCAUGCACUACUCUGGCGAGACAGUCUGCAGUCAGGUAGGGUCUUAGCCUGUGUACCAGGUGGAGCUGGUAGACAGCCGCCCUGGACACAGAAUUAACCUGCGCCUCCAUGGACAGCUGUGAGUCCAAAAUGACUCCCAGGCUGCGCACCUGGUCCUUCAGGGGCACAGUUACCCCAUUCAGGACCAGAGAAUCCCCCACACCUGCCCGCCCCCUGUCCCCCCAAAACAGUAUUUCUGUCUUGUCAGGAUUCAACUUCAAUCUGUUAGCCGCCAUCCAUCCUCUAACCGCCUCCAGGCACUCACACAGGACCUUCACCGCCUUCACUGGUUCUGAUUUAAAAGAGAGGUAGAGCUGGGUGUCAUCUGCAUACUGAUGAAUACCCAGCUCAAACCCCCUGAUGAUCUUUCCCAGCGGCUUCAUAUAGAUAUUAAAAAGCAUGGGGGAGAGGACAGAACCCUGAGGCACCCCACAAAUGAGAGCCCAGGGGUCUGAACACUCACCCCCCAACACCACUUUCUGGACACGGCCCAGGAGAAAGGAGCGGAACCACCGUAUAACAGUGCCCCCAGCUCCCAGCCCCUCUAGACGGUCCAGAAGGAUGUUAUGGUCAAUGGUGUCAAAGGCCGCUGAGAGAUCCAGCAGAACUAGGAGACAGCUCUCAUCUUUGUCCCUAGCCUGCCGGAGAUCAUCAACCAGCACGACCAAGGCAGUUUCAGUCCUAUGGUGAGGCCUGAAUCCUGAUUGGAAGGGAUCCAAAUGGUCCGCAUCCUCCAGUCGUGCUUGGAGUUGUUCAGCAACCACCCGCUCAAUCACCUUUUGCCCAAGAAUGGAAGAUUUGAGACUGGGCGAUAGUUGGCCAUGUCGGCCGGGUCUAAAUAUGUUUUUUUAAGAAGCGGUUUAAUGACCGAUGGAAUUGGCUGGAGAGGGAGCGGUCUUCCCAAACACAGACUGUUUCAUGGCCCUGGUGAUGGAGACAAAGAAUGAUUAGCUUGAUUUUCCAUUCCUAACUAGGUCAAUGUCCUUUCUUUCUUUUUUUGCAGAUGGAGGGCAGUUGAACGCACUGAGGCGAUCAGACAGAUAUCGGAAUUUGAUCUUUGUGGUGGAGGUGAGAGCUUUCCCCUCAAGCGCUCGCAGCAUAGCAAUCGCUGGCACAGAUGAAUCCUCUGUUACCGAUGGGUCAUGGCUAAGAGGGAGCAUGUGACCAGAUCCAUGUACCAUUUCUCAAUCUCUAGCAGAGAGGCAUGGCUAUACAAGUUUGGCCUUCUAGAUGUUACUGGACAACAACUCCCAUGAUCCCUAGAAGAAGAGUUUGGAUUUGAUAUCCCGCUUUAUCACUACCCGAAGGAAUCUCAAAGUGGCUAACAUUCUCCUUUCUCUUCCUCCCCCACAACAAACACUUUGUGAGGUGAGUGGGGCUGAGAGACUUCAAAGAAGUGUGACUAGCCCAAGGUCACCCAGCAGCUGCAUGUGGAGGAGCGGAGACGCGAACCUGGUUCCCCAGAUUACAAGACUACCGCUCUUAACCACUACACCACACUAGCUAUUGACCAUGCUCGCGGGGCUGAUGGGAGUUGUAGUUCAGCAACAUCUGAAGAUGCCAGAGGUUCUCCACACUUGCUAUAGAACAUGGGUAGGCAAACUAAGGCCCGGGGGCUGGAUCUGGCCCAAUCACCUUCUAAAUCCAAAAAUCAGCAUGUUUUUACAUGAGUAGAAUGUGUCCUUUUAUUUAAAAUGCAUCUCUGGGUUAUUUGUGGGGCGUGCCUGGUGUUUUUACAUGAGUAGAAUGUGUCCUUUUAUUUAAAAUGCAUCUCUGGGUUAUUUGUGGGGCAUAGGAAUUCAUUCAUUCCCGCCCCCCCCCCCCAAAAAAUAUAGUCUGGUCCCCCACAAGGUCUGAGGGACAGUGGACCGGCCCCCUGCUGAAAAAGUUUGCUGACCCCUGCUAUAGAACAUAUGCUUUGCAUGCAGAAGAAAGUCCCUGGUUUGGUACCUCCAGGUUAAAUGGUCACAAAUCAGGUGAUGGGGUAGGUCUCUGUCUGAGACUCUGAAGAGCUGCUGCUAAUCAGAGUGAUGAUACUGGACAAGACGAUGUUGAUACCAAAACAAGGACAAGACCUGACGCUAAUUAAAAACUAUAGGCCCAUAUCACUGCUGAACAGUGAUUACAAAAUAUUCGCUGACAUUCUAGCGAACAGAUUGAAAAAAAUUAUUAAAUGAAAGUAUACACAAAGAUCAAGCUGGCUUUCUGCCAGGUAGAUACAUACACAGCAGCAUGAGGAAUGUAAUAGAUUUACUAGAAUACCUAGAAGAAAGAUAAGACAAAAAGGCUGCUUUAAUAUCAAUAGAUGCGGAAAAGACAUUUGACCAGGUGUCGUGGGACUUCAUGAAAAGGGUCAUAAAGGAAAUGAAACUGGGGGAAGAUUAUAUUAAAGCUAUAGAGGCAAUAUAUAGGAAACAAGCAGCCAAACUUAUUCUUAAUAAUGAAAUGACAGAAGAAUUUUGUAUAGAGAGGGGGACAAGACAAGGUUGCCCCUUGUCACCACUACUAUUUAUUAUGGUACUAGAAUUAUUGAUGAAUGUCAUAAGAAAUGAUAAUAAAAUAAAAGGUAUCUCAUUAGGGAAAAAGGAAUAUAAGAUCAAAGCAUUUGCGGAUGACCUGAUUCUGACUGUUGAAAACCCCAAAGAAAGUAUAAUACAGAUAAUUGAAAGAAUAUUAGAAUUUUGGAAAGUAGCCGGCUUUAAGUUAAACAAGAAUAAAACUAACAUGAUAGUAAAAAAUAUGACCAAGCAAGAAAAGGAAGAACUACAGGAGAUAUUAGGAUUAACAAUAGUAAAUAAGACCAAGUAUUUAGGAAUCUGACUGACCAAUAAUAAUAGUAAUCUAUUAAAAGAUAAUUACAUAAAAACCUGGAAAGGAAUCAAAAGAGAUUUAGAAAUCUGGAAUAAGUUAAGAUUAUCGCUUGUUGACAGAAUAUCGGUGGUUAAAAUGAAUGUAUUGCUGAAAAUUAUGUAUCUAUUCCAAAUGAUACCGAUAAUUGGAGGAAUGGGAAGUCUUAGAUUAUGGCAAAAAGAGAUAUCCAAAUUCAUAUGGCAGUAUAAAAAACCAAGAAUUAAACACAAGCUUCUAAUAGAUAAAAAACAUAGAGGUGGACUGGCGCUACCUGACCUAAAUUUAUAUUAUGACGCUGUCUGUUUAAAUUGGCUAAAAGAGUGGAUUGUAUUAAAAAAUAGUGAUUUGUUAGAUCUAGAAGGAUUUAACAGUCGUUAUGGUUGGCAUGCGUAUUUAGCUUAUGAAAAAGGGAAAGUACACGGGAUUUAUGAACCAUGUCAUUAGGAAAUCAUUAUAUAAAACAUGGACAAAAUAUAAGGAUCUACUAGAACUGAAAACACCAUGGUGGGCAUCACCUCUAGAAGCAAUUACAAUAAAAAAGAAAAAUAUGGAAGUAGAAUGAGCAACAUAUAAAGAUCUGAUUAAGGAAAAAGAUAAUAAAUUGGUAAUUAAAGAUUAUGAGGAAAUUAAACAACACCUUACGGGUUGGAUCCAAUACCAUCAAUUGCAUGAAGUGUUCAGGACAGAUAAGAAAAACAGUUUCUCAAAUGAACCUUCAUUAUUAGAAAAAGUGUUAUUACAAAACUAAGGUAAUAUCAAAAAUGUAUGAUACAUUAUUGGAGUGGGAGGUCAAAGACUAACAGGUCAAGGAGGUAAUGAUCUGUGGGGAUGCAAUAGAAAAAACAGCACCCUUGUGCAAGAUUGUGCAAGAGGAAGCAUCUGCUGACUUGUUCCCCCCACACGCCUGGGUCACUGUCGUGCUGCCUAACCGCAAAGCUUAUGCGGCUGUCAUGCUGUCUGGAGUUAUGUCCUGGUAGAGAAUAGUUAUUCUAAGAAAUGCAUACCCUAGCUGUUUUCCACCCGAGUGCUACACGUGUAUAUGCAACAUGAUGUAAUGUGCGCAAGGCUAAUAAACAUGCAAGGCUGCUGGGAGAGAGAGCUCACUCCUUGCUUAAACCUUCACCCAUGACUCUUCGUCAUUUUUCCUCCGCACCUGGUAGGCUGGUUCCCCGACAAUGAUCAAGUGGGCUUUAGAUAUUGGGAAAACCAUUAACUUAACAGCAUGGGAAGAAUUAUGGAGAAAGAACUAGAAAUUUACAGCCUGUGAUGUAUUGAGGGAAAAUCUAAUCAAGAUGUUUUAUAGAUGGUACUUAACACUUACCAAAAUAGCUAAAAUGUACAGUGGUACCUCGGGUUACAUACGCUUCAGGUUACAGACUCCGCUAACCCAGAAAUAGUACCUCGGGUUAAGAACUUUGCUUCAGGGUGAGAACAGAAAUCGUGCACAGCGCUCCCUCUAGCUGUUCUAGCUUCACGUGAAGCCUCCGCAGGGCAUGGGGAGCGUUCAUCCCCCUGCCCUGCGGAGGUUUUGAGCGGCUAUCCCUGGCUUUUGCGGGAGGUGGGGGAAGGGACAGAGCUGCCAGCUCUGUCCCUUUCCCCACCUCCCGCAAAAGCCAGGGAUAGCCGUGCUCCCUUUAAAGAGCCACGCGGAAAAGCCUGCAAGCGCCGCACACACGCUCCAUGCAGCUCAUGAAAGGGAGUGCUGAGCAGAGCCUGGGAUGCAUACAGGCUCUGCUCAGCGCUCCCUUUAAAGAAUAAUUUUUUUUCUUGCAUUCCCCCUCUAAAAACUAGGUGCGCCUUAUGGUCAGGUGCGUCUUAUGGAGCGAAAAAUAUGGUAAAUAAGGAGGCCAGAUACAGUACAGGAUAAAGGAAGUCUUUUAUUUGGUUGUUUGUAUUGUUUUAUGUUAUGUUUAUUGUAUUUCUGGGGUGGGGUGGGGGGUUUAUGUUAUGUUGUAAAUAAAAUUUCCAAUAAAAAGUUUUUUAGAAAAAGACAAUGCACCCAGAUCUGGCCUAUCAUCCAGUGUUACCAUGUGUUGUGCAUUGCAGGUGCUAGAGAAAAAGUUCUCCUCUCAGAACUGUUGCAAUCAGCUUCCAGCUCACCAGCUCUGGGUUCCAUUCAAAAGCAGCUGAAGAAAGCCCAGCACAAAAAACCCAUCCAGCUCCCACUGAGCAAGGAGGAGAAUGAGCGGGUGAUUUCAGUGGGCUGUUUUGGGGGCAGCUGUGCUUGGGGUGGUGGCAGGGAGGAAGAUGUUGGCAUUGGAGGUAGAAAUGUGAAGGAAAGGACACUGGAGGGAGAAACCAAAAGCAGAGGAAAAGUGUGUGUGUGUUGGCACAAGUAGGAUAGACUGGCAAAUGUACCUUUCCCUGUGGUACAGGUGAUUCUCAACUUACACGGUUACGUUCCGCGGUCACAGCAUAAAGCCAAAAUCACAUAUAGUCACAGCACGUUGGGUACAGUGAUGAGUGGGAUUGCCAUUUUUCCCCAGAUGCACCCUGCCUCUUUCAAAUUUUUACAAAAUUUGUUCACCAAGCAUGUGAAGCUGAGUGCCCGCAGGUUCAAUGUGUGUAUGUUGCGAGUUACCUGUACAUCUCUUAAUUUUUGUUGUCAAAUUCAUUUUCUCAAGGUUUGCUCCUAGGCUUAUCCUUUUUAAAAAAUAAAUAAAGGGUCCUAUAAAUUAAUGAGGAAUAGGUCCAUCAGGGGUUAUCGGCUGUAACAGAACAAUUCAGAGGCAGUAUGCUAGACGGAGCAUAAACAGGAAAAAGCCAUCACCAUUGUCCUAUGCUGUUGAACGUGGAAUGUAGCACUAAAUGUUUUUGUCUUGUGUGAUAAAGCAAGGUAUUUUUUUCUGCCUUGUGAAGAGGAGGGGUUCAUGGACAUGAAUUUAACUUGGGUGUGCUGUGUUAAUGGUUUUAAAUCAAAUAGAUGGAGCAGAAUUGAUACCUGGCUACAUUGCCAGCUGUCUCUAAAGUAUUGAGAUUCCAGCAGUGGGAUUGCAUCAUAUCCUGGGUGAAGUAAUGCCUUCCUAAAGAUUUUAUACUGAGGCUUAUGGGCAUCUUUAUAGUGGGUGCUCUAAAAUAUGCCUCUGGGAAAGCUCGCUGUAGCUGGUCCACCAUAUAUAUAUUUAUACAUAUCCAUACAUGCAUAUAUAUGUAUUUCUCUCUCUCUCUCUCUCUCUCUCUCUGUGUGUGUGUGUGUGUGUGUGUGUGUAUGUUUCAGACUAGUCAGAGCCAACAGAGGGUCACACUUUUAUAGUAUGUUCUGCCAGAAGUGGGUUCUGGCUUGACAACUCCCACGUCUCCUUAAAGAAAUACCUGUGUGUCACUGGGAUCUUCCUGCUGAAGGUUGUGCUUGUCUUAUCUGUCUUCCUGCAGGUGGUGAGGGAAGCUGCCUACACUCAGACAUCUCAAGCCCUGGCUAAGUGGCAUCCAGUGGUGCAGCAAAACAGACGUGCUGAGCAGCUAGUCUUCCCAUUGCAACAAGAGACUGUGAAUGUCACGGCCAUUGAAAAAGUGAUAAAUGGAUGGCAGGUGGGUGUUGGUUGACCUCAGCAAGAAGUGAGAAUUAGGCUUGAGGUGGACCCAGCUGUUGCACAGUGCUCUUGCCUCAUGUUCAAGCCAAGCUAUGCCCCUAGGAGUGUAGGAAGCUGCUCUUCUGCUGUGUCCCAUCUAACUUUAUAUUUUCUGCAUUGACUGCCAGCAGCUCUCCAGGGUUUCAGGCACAGUUCUCUCCCAGCCCUACGUGGAGGUGUGUGGGUGUGCCAAUCAUCUACUGUGGCUUUUGUAGCUUGUGGUCUGGUAGACGGAAUUCUGACUUAGCUAUUCAACUUCUUAGCUCUGAUCUCCUAUUUGAACAGAACUUACCAAGUGGCUGCAUAUAAGUGACCCUCUCUAUCUCAGUUCCUCAUCUGAAAAAGAAAAAAAGAGAGACACUUACCUGUUUUAUUGUGCAGAUUAAUACCAUAUAAGUUGUUAGGCAAUCCAAUGUUACUAUGCAGUUACAGACCCAUUCAAAAACAAAGGAAACCCCAAAACCAUAUAAUUUCUAGCAUAAAAUUUAAUAUGGUUCAUACGUGUAUAUGAAACAGGGAAAAGAAAAACAGCCCAAACAACACUUAACUGUCAGAAUAUUUUCAUGAAGGUUUUGUUGUGGGAAAUGAAUAUCUAUGAACUGUUUCUGUUAUUGUUUUAUUCAUAUUAGCCAAUAAGCAAGCUAAAUAACACUCAAAAGACCUUCCUGGAUAUUUUAGUCAGACAGGAAUAAAUCUGCUUUGCUCAUCUCUUUAAAAAAUACAAAAAUAAUACCUAUUAGGAUUUCUAUCGCUCCAUCCCCACAGAGGGCAGAAUUGUUCAUUGUAAGAAAACCCCAAUAGGCAGUUAAAGCAAUUAAAUUUGGACCUAGAGAAGAUGAGCCAAUAUUUGGGAACAGUCACAUUAUCCAUAUAUUUGGAACAACCCUUGAAGCAGUCAGUGGACAAAUCAAGGUAAAUUGGGGAGCAGGUUUUAUAAGCAGCAGUCAUUGAGAAAUUUGCAUCAAUAUCUUUAACCUGAAGUUUAAGAAUACAUUUUGCCCAGUAGUGGUACUGAGUAGGAAAAAAAUCAACAAAAGUCUGAUAACUGUAAUUUAUUGAUACAGGCUUUGGAAUUUUCUUCUUCUUUUUUGUUGUUGCUAGAAAUAAUAUAUGGCAAUUAUGUGGUAACGCUAUCUUAAUAUGGGUUAUCCAGUUCCAGCUGAUCUUUAUCCAUACCUCUGAGUUACUUUUAAAAGACAGCUGAAGAAAAAUCUAGAGAAUUUAGCCACAGGUGCAUUUUUCAGAAUUUAGCCACAGGUGCAUUUUUCAGAAGAAAAGUACCCUUCUGAAAGUUUUAUAAGUGUUUACAUUUUACUUAAGAUGAUGUGGCACUUUGAAAACUGGAAAGUGCAACAGAAAAGGAAAAGGUAGCAACCAACUCUGUUUCUGUGCCCAUUCACACUCUGUUGCUUUAACUGCUCUUCCUGCCUCUAUCAUGCUAUUUGGUCUCCAUGAGCCUUGCCAUUUCAGCCAAGGCAGCCCUCCCUCUCAACAUGUUUGGAGAGCACUCAUUCUUAAAACGUCCUGUCUGUAUUGGAACUAAAACUUAUCCUUACUAAAGACUCUGAAAGGUGUGGAAUUCUCCCUCUCUUGAAAGGAGGAUCCUGUAGAAAUUAUUCAUGAAUUGUUCUUCAGUAGGGGUGCAAUAUAAGUGUAACAAAUGAAUAAUAAUAAUACAUUUUAUCUAUCUAGCUAUCUAGCUAUCUGCCUGCUAUGGUUUUUGCUCAGCCAAUAACUAACAUUCUCUUGGUAUGAUAAAAGCAGUGAAACAAUAAAAUAGGAAAUAAGUUCUAAAAAGUAGUAUUACAACAGUAUGCAUAGGGACAGAGAAAAGCUAAAACCAUAACAACAGCAUCUAAUCACAAACUAAAACAUUUCAGGGGUAAAAUAAACAGAGUUUGAAUGCCGGGGGGUGGGGGUGUUCCUCCCUUUUAAAGGCUUUGCCUGGUUCUAAAACAACAUUAGAGUUCAAGCAAUCCUCUCUUGUGGAGGGUCUCAUGCAAGUCGGGGCCACUGCAGAGAAGGCCCUUUUACCUGGUGGUCUUCUCACCAUAACUUUGCCGGCAUAGGUUUUGCAGAAAAGGCCCUCCAGUGAUAAUCUCAGGGCACUUGUGGGUACACAGUGAGAUGAAGCAGUCCUUCAGAUACUGCAGCCCUAACCCAUGAAGGGCUUGAAAUGUCAAAACCAGUCGAGCCUUGGAACUAACUUGGAGCCAGUGAAUAUGGGAAAGCACCUGUGUAACAUGCUCAUAACUUUGUUAGUUCCUAUGUUGCCUCAAGUUUCCAGAUAGUCUCCAGAGGCAGCAAUGACAAGCAUAGUCUGCGAAGAAGAGGUAGCAUCCCUUCACCUAAAAUCAGACUGGCAAAUAAAGUGUUGUGAGGUCGGGGGGUGGGGUCCCCUGUUUUGUUAGUGACCUUUUGCAACCUUGUUGGACUAGUCUUUAGAGUAAGCUGAAACUUACCGCUCUGUGUCCAUCCUUCCCUCUUCUCACCCGCUCUAAGGCACAAACACCCCUGGAGCAAGAAAUCUUUAAUAUUCUACACAAAGGAAAGCAGCCAGUGAAGGACCCACUCCUGAUGCCACAGGAGAAGUCCUCACUGCAGGCCAUGAGUCUGGAGGAGGUGAGUCUAGAUCUAGCUGUUUCUUUCCCAUUCUCCAUCUCUCCCUCCCUCCUGGAUCCCACACUGCCUUGCUCUGUAAGCUUUUACAGUCAGCCCUUCUCUCCGUUUUUGCGCAUUUCAGGCACAGUUGCGACGUAUGCAGCACCAGAGGGCUCGAGUCCUGCAGUCCUACUACAAGGCUAAGGCACAACAUCAGCGGAAGAUCAAGAGCAAAAGGUAAGCAAUUGUUGUAGAGCAGUAGCUGGGAACCUACAGUCCCAUUAGUUCUGAUAGCCGACCACAAAACUUUCCCCCAACCCCCCACAAGCACAGUUACCUGCUCCAUACUUGAUAUUAAAUUUUACAUUGGGUAAAGACAUGGCUGUGGAAGAACAAUUGGGAAGCUACAUAGUAUGCUCCCAGUUGUUCCUGUUCCAAUAAAGGCUUGCUGUUAGUGCUGAUCAGAUGAUUGAUCACGACAGCAAGGCUUGCAGGGAUUGGUUGCACUACAGAGUUCUUGAAGAACUCCUUAGUUCAACUGAUCCUUGCCCAAAGCAGGCAUUGCUGUAAGUGCUGAUCAGCUGACUUAAGUUGGAGAAAAUUUGUGAACAGCCAUCCAACCCACCUUCACCCUUUUAAGUUGGCUGCCGAAAAGAAAUGAGGGUAGGUGGAAAAAGUCCUCUUCUCACUUUUGUGGAUGAGCCCUGUUCAGUUCCUGCAUAGUUCCUUGCAGCCCAGAAAGGACUAGGCAUCUUGCGACUUGCUACACUGGGCUCCUUUGGGAGGGAAGGGCAAGACAUAAAUGGAAUUUUUUUUAAAAAAUUAAAUAAUAAAUAACAGCUGUGGGCUCUGUCUGUUUAUUUUUUACACUUUUCUUCCAAUGAUCUCUCAAGAAGAUGGUGUACAUUGCUCUCCCUCUCUCUCUCAACGUCCCCAUGCCCAUUUUAUCUUUAUCCUGUGAGGUGGGUAAGGCAGAGACAGUGACUCAGUCAGGGUAACCUAUUGAGCUAGACAGCUAGCAGGGGUUUGAAACUGAGACUUUCUGGCAUUAGGCUGAUACUCCAAACAAGGGGUGGGGAACUAGUAGUCCUCAAUAAGUUGUUGGAUUCCAACCCCUAUCAUCCCUGGCCAUUGGUUGUACUGGCUGAAGUUGAGGGGAGGGCAGCAACAUUUAGAGUCACAGUUUUCUUGUCCCUUCUCUAACCACUUCACUGACUCUGCUGCAGGCUCUGGCCCUCCAGAUGUUGCUGAACUACAAUUCCCAUCAGCCUCAACAAGCAUUGCCAAUGGCCAGGGCAAACAGCUCUAUUUCAGUGAUGUCAGUUAGCUGCGUGCCCUUUCCCUCUGGCCUGGCUGUUCAAACCUCUGACAUUGCUAUCUUCCUCUUCCUGAAGGUAUCACAGAAUGCUUAGGAAGAUCAGGAAACGCAAGGUGCUGAAAGAAUUUGAAAUGUUGCGGAAAAGUAACCCUGAGGCAGCUCUAGAAGAGCUAGCUAAAAUUGAGAAAGUGCGUAUUGAGGUGGGUGCAGCCCUCUUCCUGUGGUACUGUCAUGGGGCUGCCAGGGAACGCCCUGGAACUGAGGGAGGGGGAGAAACAGGAGCCUGUAGAAGACACAGGAGAAGCAGAGGAGGAAAAGCAAGGGGGAGGGCCUCAAGCGGCGAGAAUGCUCUCUGAUGCUGCAGAGCAGCAACACCACUCUACCAGUUCAGGGACAGAGGGAGAGGUGGUGCCCAUUCUUUCAGCACAGGACAGGAGGGGGUUAAAGCGUAGGGAACAGAGGUGGCACUUGGGACUUCCCAGGCUCCUCUGCUGGAAGAGGAGCCGAAAGCCCCCACUUCCUGGAUCUGCUACCGAGGACUCGGACGUAUGAAGCAUGUUCUGUACCUUGUAAAUACUAUGUGAAUAAAGACUGUAAAUAUAUCUCUGAGUGAGCAGAGGUAUUCCUUGCCAAAGGCUUCUAAAACCAUCACAGGUACCGAGAUGAGGCCCCUCUGCCUAGUGGAGGGCGCUCUCUUACUGUACUCCAUCAUAGUGACAUUUUGCCUUACUUCUCUGUGCAGGAGAGGAUGAGCCUGAAACACCAGAACAAGGGCAAGUGGGCCAAAUCUACAGUCCUCAUGGCAAAGUACAACCUAGAGGUAAGAGAUGUGUGGAGGGAGGAGGCUUUAUCAGCCAAAACCCACUCUUAACAUGUAAUUAAACCAAGGCAGGUGCUUGAGAGAUUUGAUCGAGCUGAAAUGUAGCUUCCAGAAAAGGGUUGGCUGAAAAUAUCAGGCUAUUCCCAUAGAAGUGCUUUUUAGAGCACCUUUAACAACAUUUGCAAGUGGGUGAUAAAAGACCUUUCUUUUGUCCGCUUGCCUUCCCGCCAUUGGGUGGAUUUACAUCCAGAGCCAAAAACAGAUGGCAAAUCAUUUUCUGGCCAGUUGCAAUUCAUACCCUUUCUCCUGGGAAAUUGACUUUCUCUGGAGAGUAUUGUUUAAAAUUCUUACUUGGGAGGGGGAGGAAAUAGUAGUGAAUUAUUGUAAGUUGGGCUGUUAAACAUUUUACUUGCUUCCUGGGGGGUUAUUAGAGGGGUGUAUGCUUUGCUGGUCCUCUUUUGGCUGAAAAUACGGGAUACUGUAAGUCAGGGGAGGGCCAAUGAUAGAGCUACAAUCUACUCGUAGAUUGUUGGACAAUUUGCAGUAGAUCAGCAAGCGUUUCUGACUUCUGAUUGUUUAACAACAGCUAUGUCAAAAAGAAUCCUCCAGCACCAGAUUGUUCAAGCUCUUAUCUGAAAUAAUACAGAAACAGGUUUGUUUAUGCAAACCAUCCCAGUAUCUAUGUUGGCUUUUGGGGUGCAGCAGAUAACUGUCUCCUCCCCCUAAGCCUCCAUUUUGCAUAUGGCGACACCUUCAAAGGUAGAGUUGUCAUAUUUCAAAAAGUGAAAAUCCGGACACAAAAGUUGUUGAGAUUUUGGGCUGUUGUUUUUUUGCCAGAGUUGUUGAGCUGUGUAUGUAUGUGUAUGUGUAUGUGUAUGUGUGUGACAGACUUUUUAAAGCUGUUUUAUGGAAAAUAGGCAAAAACGACACUGCUGACAUGAGUUACCGUAUGUCCAGAUUUUUCUGGACAUGUUGCCGAUUUCCACCUGGACACGGCUUCCAACUGCAGUAUUCCAGAUAUGUCCAGGAAAUUCCAGAUGUAUGGCAACCCUAUUCAAAGGCUCUACUCUUUGCACCUGGCUUUGGGGUUGGAUGGACCUGGGGUGGUUCUAGUGAAGAAGUAAAGAAUAGAUUUUGUAAGCCUAAGGUCUGCAAGUAAAGGCUAUUGCCUGCCUGCAUUUCUAGGCUAGGCAAGCCAUGCAGGAGCAGCUGGCCCAGAACAAAGAACUGACCCAGAAAGUACGCCCGGCAUCUGAUAGUGAGGAAGGUGGCAACGACACUGACGCAGAGGGGGAUCUCAUGCCAAGUGUUGUCAAUGAGAGGCCUGCUGGACUGGAUCCAGACAACCCCUGGAUGUUAGGAUGGCCCCACACAGAGCCCAAGGAGGACCUUCCAGCUGCACCAGAAGACAGUGAAGAGAGUGACGAAGAGAAGGGGCCACCUGCAACCAAGGAGGAGACUUUGCUGCAAGGCUUCGUUGCAGGUCAGCAGGGCCAGGGCCAUAAAACAAUGCAUGGUGUGGGGGAAAUGAACAGAUAAGGUGCUUUUAUUCCUUGUAUAAUACAAGGGCAGGGUCAUCCAGUGAAAAUGAUAGGCUGUAUAUUCAGGAUAUUUUUUAUUUAUUUAUUUAUUUUUUAUUAUUAUUAAUUUUCAUUUCUCAUAACAAUUAUUCAAUAUUGUUAGGGAACUGCCAUCAGCUCAGAGGUGAGAGGUGGAAGGGCAGUUGAGUUACAGGGAGCCUCCGAAGAUCAGAUCUUGAGAAGCAGCACUUCCUCCGCGGAGGAGGAAAGCCACGCCUCCAGUGGGGAAGGGGUGCAGGUCUCGGAGGAUGCAAGGGAGAGACACAGCAUCGAGCAUGAACAAAGCGGGGGGGAGGCAGGUCCCCAUCUGCCCACGCCCUCUCUGUGCAGUCAGUUUAUGCGCAGAGAGGGGAGGCGUAGGAUGGGGGUAAAAAGACUGCUAUGCUGGGGAAAGUUUAAGGACCGCCCAUUCCCAGAUUCUGCUAGCGACUGAGCAGACAUGGAAUUGAGACGCUCUGCACUGUAAAUGCUUUGCACAGAUAAUAAAGCCUUGAAAAGACCGGUGGGAGUCUUGCCUGUUUGCUCUCGAGCAACCACGCUGGCAUACAUAACAAAUAUCAUCAUUUAACAUCCGUUUUCUAGUUUUCCCCCUCCCUGUUGACUUCCCCCAACUUCUAUUUCUGGUUUGUUACACCAAAUGUUACAUUCUGUUUAUACAUAAUGUUCUGUUAUCACUAGUUCUAUUUCUUGUUCUCUGUAAAUAAAGUUGUGAAUGUUUAUUUAAAUCCUGCCAACGAGUCCAUUUUUUGUUUUGUUUCUGCAAGUAUGUUGUAAAGGGUUCCCAUUCUCUUCCAAAGUCACUAUUGUCCUUUUCACACAGUUUGUCCGUUAAUUUUGCCAGUUCUGCAUAGUUCAUCAAUUUUUCUUGCCAUUGUUCUUUAGAUGGUAUUUCUCCAGUCUUUCUUUUUUUUUAAUCUAAGCAUGGAUGGUUUUUUUAAACUUUUAAUUUAUUUAAUCAUUUUUUCAAUACAAACAACAAUCGCAAAAGACACAAAAAACAAAAACCAUAAUAACACUAAUAAUACAAUUUGACAAUUCACAUUUGGAUACACUGAUAUACCUAUGACUACACCUUUUUAACAAUAUUUUCCCACCUCUCUCUCCUCCCCCUACUUCCCACCACUUAUCGCUUAAAUAUUCCUUCCAGAUUUCUUCAUAUUUAUCCAUUUUUAAUUUGCUUUGACAUGCAAUUUGUUCAUAUGUAGCUAGUCUGUCCAUAUUUUCAAUCCAUGUGCUCAGUGGAAUCUUUUUCCGGCUCUUCCAAUUCAUCAAAACAAAUUUUUUCGCUUCUAAUAUAGCACAGUACACCCAUUUUUUUGACCCAUUGUAUUUUCCCACAUUUCCAGAAUAUAAUUUAGAAUUAAAUUUAAUUCCACUAAAUAACAAUUUCUUUUUAUUACUCUGGCUAUAAAUAUCCUCAACUCACACCAAAAUGAUCUUAUCAUCGGGCAGUUAAUCAUCAUAUGUACUAAGUUCGAAUUUUUACUUCCACAUCUCCAGCAGUUGUCUGCACUUGUUAUUUUCUUCUGGUGUAGUUUUGCUGGAGUCCAGUAGACUCUAAAUAUUAUUUUCUGUUGAAUAAGUCUUAGUCUUAGAUCCAUAGAGGCUAUUUCUGUUGAUUUUAUACUUGACUCUCAUAUAUCAUUUGUUAUCUGUACCCCUAACUCUUCACUCCAUUUUUGUCUGUAAUAUUCUAAAUCAUAUUUCUUCCUGUUGAGUAGGGUUUUAUAUAGUGCAAGUGUAGAGUUUUUUGUUUUUGUUGCAGAGAUUAAAUCUUGUAGCAGCAUGGGUGUUUCCGGUGCUGCUAGAGCGUCAGGGCCAAAUUGCCUUUCCAACAUAUGUUUCAAUUGGAUGUACUUCCAUUGUGUUUCACUGGUUAAUCCAUACUUUACUUGUAAAGUCAUAUAUUCCACAAAUUUUUAAUUUUCAUCAAUUAAUUGAUUCUAUGUCAAAAUACCUUUUUAAAUCCAAUUUUGCCAAAUUAUUACUUGAUUUCCAAUUUUUAAUUUUGGGUUGGCCCAAAUUUUUAGUUUCUCAUGCUGAUAGGGGUCAUCCUUAUUAUUUUUAUUUUUAUUCAUCCAAAUUUUUAUAGGUGCUUUAAUAGUCUCCAGGAUAAUAGGAUAUUUCAUAAAAUUGGAGCCCAGUUUAGUCCACCCUACAAGAGGUUCAAAGAAACUAUAUUCGAGAGUAGCCCAAUUGGGAUUCCUGCUAGCUCUCCAAUCAUUAGUCUUACUCAGCAGGUAGGCCUGGUGAUAUAGUUCCAGAUUUGGGAGACCAAAGCCACCUUCCUUAGUUGCAUUUUAUGUAGUGAUAUUUUUGGUGGCUUUGUACCCCACAGGCACGAUCUAAAUAGUUGAUUUAUUUUUUGGAAGUAAAAUUUGGGAAUAUGUAUUGGUAAUCCUCUAAGAAUGUAUAAAAGCUUUGCAACAACAUUCAUUUUGAGGACAUGAACUUUUCCCCAAAGGGAGAGGUUUAGAGGUCGCCACCUUUCAAUAUCAAAAGAAUAAUAAUAAUAAUAAUAAAUUUUAUUUAUAUCCCGCCCUCCCCAGCCGAAGCCGGGCUCAGGGCGGCUAACAACAAUAAAACAGUACAAAAGUACAGCAUAAACAACACUCUAAAAUCAUUCAUUAUAAAAUUAAUUAAUUCAAGCCACUGGCAACCAUUGGGCCAGAGCUCCGCGAAGAUUGCCGAGGGAGGGAGUCAGGCUGUGCCCUGGCCAAAGGCCUGGUGGAACAGCUCUGUCUUGCAGGCCCUGCGAAAAGACGUCAGGUCCCGCAGGGCCCUGGUCUCUUGUGACAGAGUGUUCCACCAGAUCGGAGCCACAGCCGAAAAAGCCCUGGCUCUAGUUGAGGCCAGCCUAACGUCUCUGUGGCCUGGGACCUUCAAGAUGUUUUUAUUUGAAGACCGUAAGUUUCUCUGUGGGGCAUACCAGGAGAGGCGGUCCCGUAGGUACGAGGGUCCUAGGCCGUAUAGGGCUUUAAAGGUUAAAACCAGCACCUUAAACCUGAUCCUGUACUCCACCGGGAGCCAGUGCAGCUGGUAUAGCACUGGGUGAAUGUGAUCUCACAGCGAAGACCUCGUAAGGAGUCUCGCUGCAGCAUUCUGCACCCGCUGGAGUUUCUGGGUCAGUCUCAAGGGCAGCCCCACGUAGAGCGAGUUACAAUAAUCCAAUCUGGAGGUGACCGUCGUGUGGAUCACAGUGGCUAGGUCAGGGCGAGAGAGGUAAAUAUCAUUUAUAAUUUGAUUCAAAUUAAAUUUUAUAAUUUGGUCUAUAUCUGAUGAAAUCAUUAUACCCAACUAUUUAAUAAAGUCUUUGCACAUCCAAAAUUGAUGGUUUCUAUACAAUGUAGCCCUUGGCCCAAUUGGUAAAAUAUCUGAUUUUGUCCAAUUUAUAGAAUAUCCCUAUAUUCUGCCAAAAGUUUUUAUUUUCUCCAUAAUUUUUGGAAUUGUAUCUUCUGGUUUUGUAAUAAAUAAACGGAUACCAUCCGAAAAUUAUACAAUUUUGUAAUUAUCUUUGUUGUGUUUUACACCCUUGAUAUGCUCAUCCUGAAUUAUUGCUCUUGUUAAUGGUUCCAGGCACAGAUUAAAUAAUAACGGAGAAAGAGGACAUCCUUGUCUCGUUCCUCGAUUUAAACUAAUCAAAUUCGAAAUUCUUCCAUUUGUAACAAUCCGGGACGUUGAGUUUUUAUAAAUCAUUUAGAUCCAAUUACAGUAUUCUAUAGGGAAACGAAAUUUACGUAACACAAACCAUAUCAAUUCUUUAUAUAUUCUGUCAAAAGCCUUUUUUGCAUUUAAUGACAAUAUCAUAAACUCCUCUUCAUCUUUGUUUAAAUUUAUCAAAUCUAUUGUUAAUCUGAUGUUAUCUGUAGCUUGUCUUGUUUUUAUAAAACCUGUUCGGUUAUUAGGUAUCGAGUCUUGCAUAACUUUUUGUAAUUUUGCUGCCAAUAUUGCAUUCAAAAUCUUUGCAUCAACAUUCAUUAACGAUAUUGGUCUAUAAUUUGCACAUUUAGUAGGGUCUUUGUUAGGUUUUGGUAUAAUUAUUAUUAAAGCUUUAUUGAAUGUUGUAGAAGAUAUACUUUUAUGAGCUAUUUCCUCAUAGACCUCUAGUCUGGGGACUAGUAUAUUUUUGAAUAUUUUAUACCAUUCUAUAGGAAAACAGUCUGGUCCAGGUGAUUUCCCAUUCCCCAUUGUUUCUAUUACAUUCUCAAUAUCUAAUAUAUUUAGGGGUGCUGACAGCAUAUCUUUUUUAUCUUCUUCAAUUCUUGGUAUUUUGAUAUUUUGAAAGAAGUUCUCCAUCUCAUCCUCUGAUAUAUUUUCUGGCCCUUCAUAUAAUUUUUUGUAGAAUUAAAAAAAAUCAUUAUUGAUAUCUAUUGAUGAGGUCGCUGCGAUGUUAUUUUCAUUUCUUAUUAAGGGUAUUAUUUGGUUCGCUUUCUUUUGUUUUAGACAAUUAGCUAGAAUUUUUGUUGGUCUUUCUCCCUAUUCCCAAUAUAUUUGUCUUAGACUUAGGCUGAACUCAUUUUUUUUAGCUAGUAUAUUAUUCAGUUCUAAUGUUAGUUGUUGUAGUCUUUCACAUGUAACAUUAGAUGGGUUGUUUGCCAUAUUGCCCCAUAGUGUUUUUAAAGAAAUUUUUAGAUUAUUUUCUUUUAAUCUUUGCAGCUUGGCUUUGUUGGCAGAGAAGGAUAUUAUCUUCCCUCUGAUGUAAGCUUUAUAUCCUUCCCAUUCCAUCAGUCUUGAUGUUGAAGCUUUGGAGUUAUUUUUAAAAUAUAUUUCUCCAGUCUUCCAGUUUUCUGCUAUUAGGAUUCUUGCUGCCAUAGGUAGCGUACAUGAAUAAUGUCCGAUUUUUCUCCGGCAUUUCUUGUCCUAGAAUACCUAACGAAAAGGCUUCUGGUUUUUCCACAAAGGUUAUUUUAAACAUUUUUUUCAAUUCAUUAUAUAUCAUUGCCCAAUUUUUAAAAAUAAUCUUACAAUCCCACCACAUGUGAUAAAAUGUACCUUCCCCUUCUUUACAUCUCCAACAGUUCUUUUGUUCUGUUUUGUACAUUUUGGCCACUUUUAAUGGUGUAAUGUACCACCUGUACAUCAUUUUCAUAUAAUUGUCUUUCAACAAUAUACAAUCCGUAAAUUUCAAGUUCACUUUCCAAAGCCUUAUCCAAUCCUCAAAUUGUAUGUUAUGACCUAUGUCCUGUGCCCACUUGAUCAUUACUGCUUUAAUUUCCUCAGCUUUAGUUUCCCAUUCCAACAGAAUAUUGUACGCCUUCUUUAACAAUUUAGAAUGAUCAUCUAUGAUAUCCUUUUGGAAUUUUGAAACUGUAAGUGAAUCCUCUCUUGUUAUCUUCCGUGAAGAUUUCAUUUAAUUGCCUAUAAUGCAACCAACUCUGUAGGUGUUCCUUUAUCUCAUCGUAAUCUUUCAAUUUCCACUUUGCUUCUUGUUGUACUGAUAAAUCUCUAUAUGUUGGCCAUAUUCCUUUCAUUGUUAACGUUUUAAGUGAUAAUGCUUCAGUAGGUGACAACCACCACUGAGUUUUGGAUUCCAGUAAUUCUUUGUAUUUUUCCCAUACCCUUAUCAGGGACUUUCUAAUUAUGUGAUUGUGGAAUCCUUUGUGUACCUUUGCUUUUCCAUACCACAGGUAUGAAUGCCAACUGAAUCUGUUGUCGUGUCCUUCUAAGUCUAUUGCCUCCUUUUUUUCCAAUUUAAUCCAAUCCCAAAUCCAAGUAAGGCAUGCUGCUUCGUUGUAAAUUUUAAAAUCUGGAAGAGAAAAGCCUCCUCACUGUUUUAAGUCUGUAAGUAUUUUGUGCUUUAUUCUUGGCCUUUUACCAUUCCAGAUAAAUUUUGAAAUAUCUUGCUGCCAUUUUUUGAAGCAAGCAUUAUUACUUAUCGGUAUUGUCUGAAAAAGGAAUAGCAUUUUUGGCAAUACAUUUAUUUUUAUUGCAGCAAUUCGUCCUAAGAAAGAGAGGUUCAUGUCGGGCGGAUUGAUUUAUUGCUCAGAUAAGCGUCCGGCACGCUUCCCAUCGCACAGCUCUGGCCGGCAUUCCAAAGUCCACAUUCCUGAGCAUAGCAGAGUUCGGCAGCGGCAAGAGAAAGACUGCAAAAAAACCUCCAGUGCCUUCUUCAGUGUGCUUAAAUAAAGUCCACUCAGGAUCUUAGCAGCUAAAAGCAGUUUUAUUUACAGCAGACUAUCCAUUAUCUAUCACAGCGAACAGCAUCGCGAAAACACGUCCUCUCUCCUCAAAAGCGAAAGUAGAGAGAAAGAACAAAGGCUUGAGGCUCUCGGAAAUGACGCAGAAGUUCCCCCCUCCUCUCAACAGUAGGCAGGGCGUACACUCUGAGCUGUUUAACCCUAUAAGCUCAGGUUCUCCUCACAGUUCAUACUGUGAACUUCCAAAUUCCUUUUUAUUUCAUUCUAAAUUUUUUUCAUAAUUGUCUUUGUAAAUAUUAAGAUUCUUUAUCGUCAGCCAUAUUCCUAAAUACUUUACCUUCUUGUGGAUUUCUAUAUAGAUUCUGAUAGUUCUUUCUUUUCUGAUUCUUUAAGAUUUUUAACUAACAGUUUUGUUUUGUUUUUAUUAAGUUUAAAACCUGCCACUUGUCCAAACUUUUGAAUUUUUUCUAUUACUCUAGGGAGAGAACUACAGUAAUAACCAAAUUGGCCGUGAAGGCUUUCAAUUUGUGUUCAUUUUUCUUUAUUCUUAUUCCUGCUACUUCUUUAUCCAUUCUAAUAUUCCUUGCCAGAACCUCCAGAACCAGAAUGAACAAAAGUGAUGAUAACUAUAAACAUAAAUGCUGCUUGUUUUUCAUUUUGCACUUCCAGGUAUUCAAUUAUGUUUAAAACGUUUCUGAUAAUAUCUUUCAUUUGUCUACCUGGAAAAAAUCCUGCUUGGUCUUGGUGUAUAUGUUCCUCCAAAGAACUUUUCAUUCUGUUAGCAAGGAUAUAUGCAAACAGUUUGUAAUCAUUGUUUAAUAGUGAGAUGGGCGUAUAAUAUUUUACUAGUGUUAUAUCUGAAUCUUGUUUUGGUAUUAAUGUUAUAUAGGCCUCUUUCCAUGUUUCUGGGACUUCCCCUGUUUUUAAAAUCUCAUUCAUCAUAUCUUUUAAGGGAAUCACAAGCUGUUCAUUUGAUUUUUUAUAAUACUUUGCUGAAAUUCCAUCUGGUCAUGGGGAUUUGCCUGUCUUUGCUUGAUUUAUUUCAUCUAAUAUUUCCUGUGAUGUUAUUUCAGCAUUUAAUAAUAACCGUUUUUCAUCUUUUAUUUUUGGGAGAUUGCUGCUUUUUAUAUAUUCUUCCAUCAGUGUCGUCUUUACAAUUCUUUUUUUAUAAAAAUCUGUAAAGUACUUUCUAAUUGUGUAACAAUUUGUGAAUUUCCAAUUGAUCUUCCAUAAGUUUUCCCAUUGGGCCAUGGUUACUGAAUGGCCAAAAUCUUGUGACCACCUCACCAUUGCCACUGUUACCUCCUCCUCCUUGACUGUCCAGUCAAGAAGGAGUCGAUAAGUUUUGGAAAGAGCUUUUCUUUUAGAAUUUACAAGAUCAGAUUCGAAUCGGGAAAUUUCUGUUGAGAACCCCUUUUGUUUGUCAGAUUUAAAUUUUUCAAAUAACUGAUGGUAUUGGAACCAGUCUGAGAUGUGUUCUCUUAUUUCCUAAAAGUUUUUUAAUUUUAUUUGGUUAUCUUCAUUUUUUAGAAGUGUUUUAUAUGUUGGCCAGCUUUCCUAAGUAUUUUUUCCGUUUUACUGCUAUGGCUUCUAUUGGAGAAGUCCACCACGGGACUUUAGGCUCCAUCAGGUCUUUAUAUUUUUCCCAUACAGCAAAGAGUGACUUUCUUUUUAUAUAGUUGGUAAACUUUUUAUGAAUUUUCGCUUUUCCAUAUAUCAGGAAGGCGUGCCAUCCCCAACGGUUGUCAAAACCUUCCAGAUCCAGGAGGUCCGGAUCCUGCAAUGUGCACCAAUCUUUUAGCCAGGUGAAACAGGCUGCCUCGUAGUAAAGUUUUAGGUCGGGUAGAGAAAAGCCUCCUCUCUCUUUUAUGUCUAUUAAGAUCAGGUGUUUAAUUCUAGGUUUCUUCCCUUCCCACAGGAAUUUGAAAAUUUCUCUUUGUCAUAUCUUGAGACAACCUGCUUCGCCCAGUAUUGGAAUCAUUUGAAAUAAAAAGAUUAAUUUUGGAAGCACAUUCAUCUUUAUAAUGCAAAUCCUACCCAGAAAUGUUAAUUUUAAUUUACUCCGGGUUUCAAAGUUUUUUCUAAUCUCUAACCAAGUUUUGGUGUAAUUAUCCUGAAAUAAGUUUAUGUUCUUGGGGGUGAUCCCAAUACCCAGGUAUUUCGCUUUUGAGGAGAUUUUCAGGCCCAAUAUUUUUUCUAAGUCGUCCUUUUCUUCCGUGGUUACAUUUUUAACAAGCAUUUUUGUUUUUGUUAUGUUCAGCUUAAAGCCUGCCACCUCUCUGUAAAGUACUUAAUGAAGGCUUCCCAUGUUUCCUUUGGUUUCUCAGUGAUCUUACCAUUAUGUUUUUGCUGAGAUAAGAUGGCGCCCGGCACACUUCCCCUGUGCUGAUGGACGCUUAUGCCGAUAGGAAAAACCUGAACUCUUAGCAGAGUUCGUAGCAGAGUUCUGCAGUGGUAGAAAGUGUUGCCUUGUGUGUGGAUAAUAAAUCAGACUGAACGCAGGCUUCUUGCUAAUCUCUAACAGCCUUUAAUGAGAAGAAAAACAUCAUAAAUCAGCCCGGCGAGAGAGCGGACAUUCUUUCGUCUCUCAGCCAAAAACGAAAGGAAACUCACACACAAAGAAAGAUUCCCGUAUGUGAACCAAACCACGCCUCAGAAUGUGAGACAUCACACAGAACUGUUUAACCCUGUAAGUUCUGAUUCUCCUCAAAGUUUUAUCUUAUUUAUAUAAUUUGUUUGCUCACUUUUCCUCAUUUGCCAUGCCAGUAAUUUCCCUGGCUUGUUGGCGUGUUCAAAAUACUUUUGUUUCAUCAUUUUAAUUUUCCAGCUUGUUGUUGUUGUUGUUUAGUUGUGUCCGACUCUUCGUGACCCCAUGGACCAGAGCAUGCCAGGCACUUCUGUCCUCCACUGCCUCCUGCAGUUUGAUCAAACUCAUGCUGGUAGCUUCAAGAACACCAUCCAACCAUCUCAUCCUCUGUCGUCACCUUCUCCUUGUGCCCUCCAUCUUUCCCAACAUCAGGGUCUUUUCCAGGGAGUCUUUUCUUCUCAUGAGGUGGCCAAAGUAUUGGAGCCUCAGCUUCACGAUCUGUCCUUCCAGUGAGCACUCAGGGCUGAUUUCCUUAAGAAUGGAUACGUUUGAUCUUCUUGCAGUCCAUGGGACUCUCAAGAGUCUCCUCCAGCACCAUAAUUCAAAAGCAUCAAUUCUUCCAGCUUAUUUCCUCAUUAAUCAACAUUGAGUAUUGAAUUUCUAAUAGUUUAAUUGCCUGUUUAACUGUGUCUUUACUGGGGGUUUUUAUUAAUUAUUUUUCUUUCUCUGAAAUUUCAUCUAAAAUUUCUUUUCUUUUCUCUUGCCUUUUUCUUAAUUGAGUUUUGUUGUAUAAACAGUCCCCUCAUGACUGCUUUGCUAGCAUCCCAUACUGUUUGCAGCCUGGUUCUAUUAUUAAGAUUAAAUUCAAAGUAAUCUCCCAGAACCUUUUUUGCCUUUUCUAACAAGAUUUUAUCAUCUAAUAGAUCUUCAUUCUAUCUCCAUCUAAAGGUGUAUUGACUUUCUUUCAGAAUUUCCAUUAUUAUAGGACUAUGAUCCGACAAUGCUCUGGGAUCUAUUUCAAUUUUUUAAACUUUUGAUUCUAAUUCUUUUGAAAUUCAAACUGCAUCCAGUCUGGCACUACUGCCAUGUACAUGUGAAGAAAGGUUAACUGUUUAUCAAGCACAUGUUUUACUCUCCAGAUAUCUAUUAAAUUCAAUGUCUCUGUCAUAUCAAAAAAUGUCCCAUAUCAUUACUCAAUGUGGAUUACAAAAUUUUUGCAGACAUUUUGGCUAAGAGAUUUAAAAAAGUGUUGAUGGAAGAGAUUCAUAAAGAUCAAGCGGGCUUUCUCCCAGGAAGACAUUUGUCUGACAAUUUGAGGAAUAUAAUUGAUAUUUUGGAAAAACUAGAAGUGAAUAUAAAUGCUAAAGCAGUUUUGAUAUUUGUGGACGCGGAGAAAGCUUUUGACAAUAUUUCUUGGAGCUUUAUGAAGAAGAACUUACAGGGUAUGGGGGUAGGCCAAGGCUUUGAAAAUGGUAUAAGUGCAAUUUAUUCAGAACAAAAGGCUAAAUUAAUUGUAAUUGUAAUUGUAAAUAAUGUGGUGACGGAAGAAUUUAAAAUAGAAAAAGGGACACGACAAGGUUGCCCAAUUUCCCCACUACUUUUUAUUUCGGUCCUGGAGGUUUUGUUGAACAUGAUAAGAAGGGACCAGCUGGUUAAAGGUAUACAGGUCGGAACUAAACAGUACAAACUGAGAGCAUUUGCAGGUGACUUAGUACUGACGUUACAGGAGCCAGAAUCUAGUACCAAAAGGGUUUUAGAAUUGAUUGAAGAAUUUGGUCAGGUCGCAGGAUUUAAAUUGAACAAGUUAAAAACUAAGGUUUUAGAGAAAAAUUUAACACCAAUGGAGAGAGAAAGGUUUCAGAAUGUGACAGGUUUAACAGUGGCUAAGAAAGUCAAAUACCUGGGGAUUAAUAUGACAGCAAAAAUGGGAAUUUAUUCAAGAUAACUAUGAAAAAUGUUGGGCUGAAGUGAAAAAGAUUUAGAAAUUUGGUCAAAUUUGAAGCUUUCACUGCUGGGCCGGAUUGCUGCGGUAAAAAUGAAUGUAUUGCCUAGAAUGUUAUUUCUGUUUCAAAUAUUGCAAAUUGUGGACAAAAUGGACUGUUUCAAGAGGUGGCAGAGAGAUAUUUCCAGAUUUGUCUGGCAGGGCAAGAAGCCCAGAAUAAAAUUUAAAAUACUAACAGAUGCAAAGGAUAGAGGUGGAUUUGCCCUGCCAGACCUUAAACUUUACUAUGAAUCAGCAGCUUUCUGCUGGUUGAAAGAAUGGCUGCUUCUUGAAAACACUGACAUUUUGGAUUUGGAAGGUUUUAACAAUGUAUUUGGAUGGCAUGCAUAUCUGUGGUAUGAUAAGGUUAAAGCACAUAAAGCAUUUAAAAAUCACAUUGUCAGGAAAGCAUUGUUUAAUGUUUGGAUAAGAUACAAGGAUUUAUUGGAAAACAAAACUCCAAGGAAGCGAAAGCCUUGAAAAAGCUCAAUAUGGAGGUCAAGUGGCCGAAAUAUUGGGAAAUCUUGGAACAAGAUAGAGAUAGAUUGAAAUUGCAGAGUUUUGAAAAAUUAAAAAACAAAGUGCGAGACUGGCUUCAUUAUUAUCAGAUAAUGGAGGUAUACAAUUUGGACAAGAAAAUUGGCUUCCAGGUGGAAAAAUCAAAAUUAGAAACAGAACUGUUAGAACCCAAAACUAAGACUUUGUCAAGAAUGUAUAACUUGCUGCUGAAAUGGAACACUCAGGAUGAAACGGUGAAAUCUGUUAUGAUCAGGGCCCUGCGGGACUUGACAUCUUUCCGCAGGGCCUGCAAGACAGAGCUGUUCCACCAGGCCUUUGGCCAGGGCACAGCCUGACUCCCUCCCUCGGCAAUCUUCGCGGAGCUCUGGCCCAAUGGUUGCCAGUGGCCUGAAUUAAUUAAUUUUAUAAUGAAUGAUUUUAGAGUGUUGUUUAUGCUAUACUUUUAUACUGUUUUAUUGUUGUUAGCCGCCCUGAGCCCGGCUUUGGCUGGGGAGGGCGGGAUAUAAAUAAAAUUUAUUAUUAUUAUUAUUAUUAUUAUUAUUAUUAUUAUUAUUAUCAAAUGGGCACAAGAUGUAGGACACAACAUUAUGUUUGCUGACUGGGAACAGUUAUGGACCACAGGUAUGAAAUUUACGGCAUGUAAUGCCAUAAGAGAGAAUAUUAUGAAAACGAUAUACAGGUGGUACAUAACCCCAGUCAAGCUUGCAAAAAUCUACCAUUUGCCUGAUAAUAAAUGUUGGAAAUGUAAAGAAACUGAAGGUACAUUUUUUCACCUUUGGUGGACGUGCCCAAAGAUUAAGGCUUUCUGGGAGAUGAUAUAUAAUGAAUUAAAAAAGGUAUUUAAAUAUACCUUCUUGAAGAAACCAGAGGCCUUUCUCCUGGGCAUAGUCGGCCAAUUGGUGUUGAAAAAGGAUAGAACUUUUUUUAUGUAUGCUACAACAGCAGCAAGAAUACUCAUCGCAAAGUAUUGGAAGACACAAGAGCUACCCACACUGGAGGAAUGGCAGAUGAAAUUGAUGGACUAUAUGGAAUUGGCGGAAAUGACUGGCAGAAUCCGUGACCGGGGAGAAGAGUCGGUUGAAGAAGAUUGGAAGAAAUUCAAAGAUUACCUACGGAAAUAUUGCAAAAUUAAAGAAUGUUAGAGUGAUGUUGGAUUGAAAUGAAGUGGCUUCUAGCUGUACAGGCUUUAAAGUUAAUAUAUAGAUCAAGAUUAAGGAUUAGGAUUAAAAAAAGUUAAAAGAAAUGGAAAAUUGGCUUUUAAUAGGUUAAAACUUAAUGUUAUAUUAUAUUAAGAUUAAGGAUUAGGAUUAAAAAGGAGGGAAAGGAAUUGCUGGACAAACAAAUUGAAUUGGAAUACAAAAGAGGGAGGUAUGAGGAGGUCCGGGAAAUAAGUUAAUGUAAAAGUUAUGAUGAAAAGAAGGAAUUGUUUUUAACUGUUUUUUCUUUCUUUUUCCUUUGUAUUUUGUAUGGUGUAUUUCUCUUUUUAUUUUUAAAUUUCUUUUUUUCCCCUUUCUCUUAUUAAGAUGUCUCUUUUUAUGUGAAACUUCAAUAAAUAUAUUUUUUUUAAAAAUGUUUUGGGUAGCCUACCUUCUUUGGUGUGUUUUUUCCUAAUUGUUCUGUCCAUCUUUAAUGAUGGUACCCCAUUCAGAUCUGCCAUUAGUAUUACCUUCUUAUCUGCAAUCUCCAAAAGAUCUGUUUCAAAUUUUUGAAAGAAUUUUGAUUUAUUUUCAUUUGGUGCAUAUAUUCCCACCAAUACUAUCUUUUCUCCUUGGACUUUGAUUUGUACCAUUAGAAUCCUCCCUUUAUCGUCUUUUUGGAUUAGCUUGGGUUCAAGUGCAGGUUUAAUGUAAAAUACUACACCACGUCUUUUAGCAUUGUCUGCUGAAAUAAAAUCCAUCCCUAAUUCUUUUAUUAAUCAGAAUUCUUUUCUGUUUGUUUGCUACGUGUGUUUCCUUCAGGGAAAAAAAGCAUAUUUUGACUGCUGUAAGAAGCAAUCAUUUUAUUUAGCUAGUUGACAAAUGUUUGCAUUUAUUUUAAAACUCAAAAUAAUUAGAAAAAAAAUGGAUGUAUUAAAAUGAUAUGCCUGGGUAGGCUUGCUGGGGGGGGGGGUGUAUUCAAAAAAGUUGAUUAGUGAAAUGUUUGGGUCUGCUGAUAUUAACCAUGAUGGCAAUAUGGAGCAUCCACAUUCCAAGGCAAUGUACCCUUGAGUACCAGUUGCUGAAGAGCAGCAACGGAGAGAGAGCCUUGGUUUUCCUACCCUGCAGGAUGCUGGGCUAGAGUGAUGUCUGAUCCAGCAGUGCCCUUCAGAUGCUAUGAUAAUUUGUGUCGUGUUCUUGCUUCAGGUCUUAACGGUGAGGAAGCAAUGCCCAAGAUGACGGACGUGCUUUUACCAGCACCUCCAAGUCAUGUGCCAGAGGGGCCACUCCUGAGUGAGAAGCUGGAACGGCUUCGUACCUUAGAGGAUAUGGAGGCCAUGGAGCCAGAGGAAGUCCCACGGGAAAACAGAAUGCCGGAAGUCAACGGUGCUGAACUUCAGCAGCCUCUGGAAGCUGAGUCAUCGCUACAGCCCAAGGAUAGCAAGACCCAGACCUCCAAUAAGACAGCCAAGCACAAGGCUCUGAUUGAUCUGAAGGCAGUGCUGGCUCAACCACUUCGUCCCAUGCAGUGUCCGUUUUUGCCUUCUGCUGUACAGGAUGAGGUGAGCACCAUUAGGAGGGGUUAAUCAGGGGUUCCAUGGAUCCGGAAGAGCUAAGUGCUAACGCUUUACUUGCACUGUGUCCCUUCAGGCUAACGACAUGGGAAGUGUUCAUCUUUGAAAGCUCCCCAGUGGGAGAAAGCUAGUGUGUCAGGGAGAAGGUUUAAUCUCUUUGGCGUGUUUGUUUUCCAGCUGCAGGGAGCCUUAUCCCAAUGCAUCAGGGAAGAGACCAAUGGUAGAGAGUAUGCUUUACAUUAGGGAUGGGGCGGGGCUGUGGCCCUCCAGAUGUCAUUAGUCAACACCCAUCAGCUCCAGUUAGCAUAGCCAACUAUGCUAAGGGUAGUUGUAGUCCAAUAACAUCAGGAGGUCCACAGGUUCCCCUUGCAUCACAUGUAGAAGAGCUUUGGUUCAUUCCUUGUUUUGUUUCUCGUUAAAAACUGAUUUUGGGUAGCAGAGUUGGAAGCAGUAUUUGCCUAGAGUUAUUGGAGAGCCAGCACUGAGCUAAAAGGACCAACUGUCUCACUGUAUGAGAAAGCCAAUCAUUGCCUUCACAGAAUAGCUUUUUCAGAGCAGGCUAGCCCAGUUCAGAAAUGAAUGGCAAACUAGGGUUUGUUGUUAGAAGAAGAAACCUGAGGCUCAUGCACUCCUCCACAUGUAUGAAAGGAGGAUGAAAGCUUCUACUUUACCCCUUUAAAAAAAUGUUUUUAUUUGAAUGCACACACAUUUUGUGUGUGUGUAUGUGUGUGUGCACGUACACACACACAUACAUACAUACUAAUAGAGUAUUAAGAAUGAAUAAUAACCUGGUGAAAGCACCUAAACAUCAACAACAGCAAUUACAAAAAACAAAAACUAGGCUAUUAACAUUAGUACGAUUUAUAUGCCUAGAGAAACUUAGACAUUAAAAUAGGAGUAACUAAUAAUACAAUGGUACCUCAGUUCUCAGACAAAAUCCGUUCGCUUUUUCAAAAACCAAGGCACGGCUUCCCAUUGGUUUCAAGAGCUUCUUCCACUCAGCGGAAGCCAUGUUGUACGUUCAGGUUCCGAAAAGUGUUUGAAAACGGAAGCAUUUACUUCCGGAUUUUCGGUGUUCAAGAACCGAAACGUACAACAACGGAGGUGUUCGGGAACCGAGGUUCCACUGUAUAACCAAAGGGACAUUAUUAUGCUUUCACUUUUGAAUUAAUCACAGUUCCCUGUUAAGUCCAAACUUGAGGAACUGUGGUUAGAUGUCUUCAAUAUGCUAGUUUAUUUUUUAACGAGCAGCAGAUAAAACAAAUUUCUGUUCCACAAGUUCAGACAUAACAGGGCUUACAAGCAGGUAAUUUCAACCUGCUUUCACAUAAAGAAGGGGAGAGAGGAAGGGACAGCAGCAGCACACUGACGAUAAUAGAAUCGUAGAAAGGAACCAUGGAAGGAACCGUGAGGGUAAUCUAGUCCAACCCCCUGCAAUGCAGGACUCUUGCCCAACAUGGGGCUCGAACCCACAACCCUGAGAUUAAGAGUCUCUUGUUAUGCAAGUGUAUUGUUAUCUGAUCAGCCUUCCAGGUGGUGUUUGACUAUGGCUCCCAUUAUCUGUAAGUAUUGGGUUUGCUAACUGGGGGAUGAUGGGAUUUGGAGUCCAUCAGUAUUGUGGGGGGGGGGGGGCACCUUGGGGUAGGCUGCAAUGUGACAAAGCAUGCUUUGUCAUUUAGUUUGAAUCAUGCCAGCAUGUCUCAAGCAGACAGCUUGUGUACUACAGGAAAGUAUUUGAGGACCAAACUGCUCCAGAGAAUUCUUGCAAGCGAGCUGAGUCACAUGCUGCUGGGAAAGGGAAGGAGGUGUUUUAAAAUCCAAACACUAGAGCUCCUGGACAGUGCUCUGGGCAGAGAAAUUCCUUCCUGCUCCAAAUCCCUGCACUGAGUCAGACUCUGUGAGCAGAAGCAAUUCAGCAAUCUCCUCGAAUGAGCUUUCAUUGGAUGCAGUUCCUUGCCACACAGCAGUAUCUUGCUCCUUGUUGGUUAAGGAUGCAAAGUGGGGAGGAGACUCAUUUGUCUGUUCUCUUCGUUCAUUGUACACCUGUCUUUUGGCUCCAGCAGGGCCUUCAAAAAAGCUUAACAGCACUUUCUGUAAAACAAUUUCAUUUCCAAUUGAGCAUCAAGAUCACUGUUAGAUUAUACUCUUCCUGUGUUAGUUACCUAUUGUCUGGAAAUCCUGUGAGACUCCUUGUCCACCUGCCUGCUGAUCUUUUUCUCCCUUGCAGCUAGAGAUGGGCAAAGACCAGCGACAGGUGAUCCGGGAGGCCUUUGCAAGUGACAACGUUGUUGCCAACUUUAUGAAAGAAAAGCGUCGGGCAGAGCAAAACAGCAAACCGAAAGUUAUCAAUCUGGUGCUUCCAGGAUGGGGCGAGUGGGGAGGUGCAGGACUACGGCCGAGUAAGAUGAAGAAGAGACGGUAUGUUCAGGGUGGAAGCUUAAUGGUCUGUCACUGCCAACUGUUACCUGCUUCACCUCCCUUCUUCCUUUUCUUUUUUGCCUUCUAGGUUCCUUAUCAAACCAGCAGCUGGGACCCCAAGGAAAAACAGGCACCUGCCCAAUGUUAUCCUGAGUGAACAGCGCAAUAUUUUAGCAGGGGUGCAUCAGGUGAGUUUAUCACUCUGGCCUAGGAGGCUGCUGUUCACACUUUCAGCUGCAGAAACAAUGUGGGGAAAAGAAGAUACAGUAUAAAUGUUCUUAGACUCAUAGAAUUCUAAGAUGUUAGAAUUGACUUCUUCUUAAUUAUAUAGUUGGAAGGGACCUCAAGGGUCGUCUAGUCUAACUCCCUGCAAUGCAGGAAUGUAAUUAAACUCUGUGAAUUUAACUGAGGAAAGACCAUAGCUCAAUCAGGAGAGCAUCUGCUCUGCAUGCAGAAAGUCCCAGCUUCCAUCCCCUGCCUCGCCAGUUUAAAAGGAUGAAGUGAUGGGAAAGGUGUGCGUGGAUUGCUGAGAAGUAGACAGUUCUGGGACAGAUGGAUAAAUAGUCCAACCUGUUAUAAGGCAAAUUCCUAUGUACUUGAUUGGGUAUGUACAGGCAACACCCUGUUUGCAUGGGGUUGUGUUCUGGGUUAUUGCACGCGUCAGCAGUUGCGCAUAAGCCCGUUCUGCCCUUUUCUGGGGCCAAAAGCAGCACGCAUGUUGGUGGCCAGAUGACAGUCAGAUGUGCAGAAAAUGGUCACUGCCUGUACUGUGUACCUGAUACCAAUUCUUUUCUUUUGGUAUUUUUUUAUAAGGAUUGUUUUAUCUGCCUGAAGGUUGAUAGAGCAGGUUGGAACUACAAAAUAAUAAAAUGCAAGCAGCUCACCAAGACUUUGUGCACGUGCCCCCUCACUCCCAGGAACUGCCUGCUUAGCUGUGUGUUGUUCCUAGCCUUCCACUUUCAGGGUGCCAUUAAACUACUUCUUCGCUACACUGCAGGUGAACCAGCUGCCCUUCCCCUUUGAGAACAGCAAGCAAUUUGAACGCAGCAUCCAAGCACCCAUGGGCCCCACUUGGAACACCCAGCGUGCUUUUCAGCGUCUGACAGCUCCUCACAUUGUCACCCAGCCUGGCCACAUCAUCCGGCCCAUCAGUGCUGAGGACAGUGAGCUGCUCUGCAAAGUGGAAAAGGCAAAAGCCAUGGGAAGGGAGCCGGAUUUGGCACUAUCAUUGUCACCCCACAAUCAUCACCCACACCAUGCCUCAAAGAGGAAGGCUCGGCGGAGCUAAGUCCUACAGGGGCUCUGCCAUACAGGCCAGACUCCUUGGGCUAACUGGCACUGUUGUCUUCUUAUUUUCUUCAGUCAAUUUUAUUGAUUUUCAGUAUAUAACACAGAAACACAUACAACAAAUGUCUUCGUUUCCCAUCCCUCCCUCCUCCCUCCGUUUAUUCCCACGGAACAAAUCAGUUUAUUAAAUUCUGCCAGAGUCCACUGAGUGAAUCAGGUGGAUGCCAGUCAUCAGGGUUAUCAUUUUGAAAACCCAAUGAAAGGAUGACAAGUUUCAGUAAAGUCAUCUAUGUCUUCUGUGCUGUUCAGUGCUUGUACUCUCCUUGUUCGUUUUUCCAGUAAGGCAAAUUGUCUGUGCAUCUUGCUUCCGCACAGAAUUCUGUAAAUGAUCCAGUCUCUUCCAUUUCUGUGCCACCAAGUGGAAAGUGAAUCAAUUAACUAUUUGUAUAAAAUCAUGGAACAGUAGAGUUUGAAGGGAUCUCCGAGGGUGACCUAGUCUAACCCCCUGCAAUGUAGGAAUCUCAACACGCUGUCCCUUGUCCAAUUUGAAACCAUACCAGACCCUGCUCAGCUUUACAAAUGUGUUAGUAGUUUUGUUGCUGCAAUUGAAAUUAAGCUUUUUUCCCCUGGAAAUGGUUAACAGGCCUAAACUUGAUGUGCAUUCUGCAUGUUGCCGCUUGAUGUUGCUUCCCCCACCCCCACCCCACCCUGUGAACAACUUUUGCCAAAAAGGAUGUACAUAAGUCACAUGUGGAACAUUGUACCAAUUGUAUUGCAAGCUUACAAACACAAGUAUGAUAAUGAUUUAUUAAUAUAGCUGCAUGUUAGUGGUGUCAGAUGCCAUUUAUGUAACAGCUUAAAUGUAAUCACUCAUAUGAGUUGAGACUGAUGCUAAGGGUUUUUUGGCCCAUGAAUUAUUCCAAUCCAUGUCUUCACUUUCUAUGCUAAAUACGUUUUGUUAAAGUUUGUGGGUCGUAAAUCCUUUGACUCACGGAGUUUGCUGCAACGGCACUGCAAUAAAUCUGAUUUAUUGGCA